AUGGCGGCCCCCGCUUUGUCGACCGGCGGUUUGAUCGACCCGACCAAACAGGCCGAGUAUCCCAUCGUGCUGGGCGACCGACUCAGUGGGAAAUCCAGCUCGCCACAGUCGCAGCUGGUCAAUAUCCAAUAUAACUACAAGACCAAGUCAGCGACCGCACGGCAACGCAUUACCCGAACCCGACAGUCCCGCGAUCGUUACAACCUCACAAUUACCGACAAAGCGCCCAACGCCGAUAAUGUCCUGACCUAUUCAUACCAAGGCAGUGUGGACCCAACACAAUCUGUCUCGGAUGUCGGGGAACAUAACUUGGUGCUAGUCUUUGACGCGGCGCGGAAAGUGUUUGUCUUGGAGCCGGUUUCAACGCAGCUGAACUUCAACCUCCGGUCUGCUCCGGCCAAAUCCCAGAAGCAGGUACUAGAGCAAUACGAACAGUUACGCACUUUGCAGGAAGAGGACCAUGGAUCAGGUGAUGAUCGGGGCUCGGACAAUGCCAGCGGUAACGAUGAUGGCCCUGCUGACGACAGCAAUCCCUAUGACUACCGCCACUUCCUCCCCAAGGAGAAUGCGGACGAUGACAAGUCGGGCUCGGAUAAGACACCGGAACCCCCGUCCUACACCAGCAAGCUCGAUACUCCGUUGAUGUCCGCUACCAGACCUAUUCCUAGUCCUCGACCACCCCCGGAGAGCCGGACAAAGCCUGUCCACCCGAAGAAGAAGAAGCCAGACGGGGUCAAGCCUCCAAAACCGGCGGCUGCUCGGCCACGGCCCAGGUCUCCGCCCCGUCCUGUGCAACCAAGAGAGGAGCGGAAGGCAGAGGUCGAAGAGGAGCCUCCGGUGGAGACAUUCAAUUCCUCGCCGUCCGACACGGGCCUGGGGGCUGUCUCCUCUCAAAAGGCGGUUCCAUCACCGGGCUCGAAUAUCAUCAUCGACGGCGAUCUAAUCAUCGAUAUGGGAUCUCCACCGCCUGCUCGUCCCUUCCGGGUCAAUCCUGCAUACUUCUCUUCGAACCACACCCCGGCGGAUGAGGAAGGAAAUCGGGAUGAGGACGAGGAGCAGGAGGACGAUGAGGAUAUUGAGGACCUACGGCUCCCCUCUCCGGCUGGCCACGGAGGAGCGCCAAUGGCUUCGAGCGGCAUAAACCUGGAGCCCGGGGUGGAUGAGGAAGAUUUGGAGGUUGAUGAUGAUCCCCUCGCGGCGGAGAUGGAGGCGGCGUUUGAGGAGGAUGUACAGGAAGACGACCGGAGCCAGCCAGUUCCAACGCAAGCGGUGUCGCAGCAGUAUCAUAUGGCCAGUGAGGACGAGAGUGAAGUCAGUGAGGAGGAAUAG